UGCCAGAGAAUCUGCACAUCUUGUUGGGUUCUUUUGAACUUUAUUGUGUCCUGAAAGCGUCUCAUCAUGCAGCAGCUGUGUCUCUCCGUGCUGUCGGGCCUCCUGCUCCGCCUGGUGAUCUUCUGCAGCGCUGAAGAAGGUCUGGAGUUCCCAAACUUCGACGGGAAGGACCGAGUGCUGGACAUCCACGAGAGAAACUACAAGAAGGCUCUGAAGAGGUUCGAUCUGCUGUGUCUGUUCUACCACGAGCCGCUGAGCGCCAACAAAGGCCUGCAGAAGAGGUUCCAGAUGACCGAGCUGGUGCUGGAGCUCACAGCUCAGGUCCUGGAGAACAAAGACAUCGGUUUCGGGAUGGUGGACGCUCAGAAGGACAACAAGGUGGCCAGGAAGCUGGGUCUGGAGGAGGUCGGCAGUCUGUACGUGUUCAAAGACGACCGAGUCAUCGAGUUUGAUGGAGAACUCUCAGCAGACACUCUGGUGGAGUUCCUGCUGGACGUGCUGGAGGACCCGGUGGAGAUGAUCAACAACGCCAUGGAGCUGAGAGCCUUCGAGAGGAUGGAGGAAGAUAUCCGCCUCAUCGGAUACUUCAGAGGAGAAGAUUCAUACUACAAAGCUUUCCAGGAGGCCUCGGAGCGUUUUCAGCCCUACAUCAAGUUCUUUGCUACAUUUGAUAAAUCUGUAGCCAAACAUCUCUCCCUGAAGAUGAACGAGGUGAAUUUCUACGAGCCGUUCAUGGAGGAGCCGGCCAUCCUGCCGGGCAGACCUCUGUCAGAGCUGGACAUCGUCGAGUUCGUCACGCAGCACAGAAGGGCCACUCUGAGGAAGCUCCGGGCUGAGAACAUGUUUGAAACCUGGGAGGACGACAUGGAUGGAAUACAUAUCGUAGCGUUUGCAGAGGAGGAAGAUCCAGACGGCUACGAGUUCCUGGAGAUCCUGAAAGACGUAGCGAGAGACAACACCAACAACCCGGAGCUGAGCAUCGUCUGGAUCGACCCGGACGACUUCCCUCUGCUGACAACCUACUGGGAGAAAACCUUCAAGCUGGACCUGUUCAGGCCUCAGAUCGGUGUCGUAAACGUCACAGAUGCGGACAGCGUGUGGCUGGACAUGUCCAACGACGAGGACCUGCCCACGCCGGAGGAGCUGGAGGACUGGAUCGAGGACGUCCUGUCCGGGAGGGUCAACACGGAGGACGACGACGAGUUUGCAGACGACCAGGAGAACCCCGACAGCUUCUUCCCCGAGGACGGCUACGAGAGUCGUGACCCCGACGAAGAAGACGACAGCGACGACUGACCUGAACGCCAGGGGGGGCGGGGCUUCAAAUAAGAUACAGGGAAAUUAAAAACAAAGGUGUUGUCUCCUCAGAAAGACACUCUGUAGACUGUUUAAAUAGUAGAAGUGAUUAAAGGUCGUCAUGUGAAAUGUGUGGCUCAGUUUUUUAUAAAGUUAGCACAGAGUCUGAAGCAGAAACUC